CCCCGCUCCGCCGGCGCUCUGUGGUUUAAGAUGGCGGCGGGGGCUGCGGGGAAGAGCUCGUGAGCCCCAGCCCGGAGCUCCGCGGGAGCCGCCGGGACCGGCCGCGGGAGGACCGGGACGCGCCUGCCGGGCCGGGAGCGGCGGGAUGUGAGCGCGGCCCGCCAUGGGGCAGCAGGUGGGCCGCGUCGGGGAGCCGGGCGUGGGGUUCCAGCACCAGCCACCGCAGCAGCAGCAGCAGCCGCGGGGUCUGCGGGGGAGCAGCGCGGCCAGGCCGGCGGGCCGCCGGCGGGAGGCGGCCGGCCGCUCCGCAGAGGGAGGAUUCAAUGUCUUCACCCAGCACGAGGCCCUGCACCGCCCCUACGGCUGCGACGUUGAGCCCCAGGCACUGAAUGAAGCCAUCAGAUGGAGCUCCAAGGAGAACCUGCUUGGAGCCACUGAGAGCGAUCCCAAUCUCUUUGUUGCACUUUACGAUUUUGUAGCAAGUGGUGACAACACACUCAGCAUCACCAAAGGUGAGAAGUUGCGAGUCCUGGGUUACAACCAGAAUGGUGAAUGGAGUGAGGUACGUUCGAAGAACGGGCAGGGCUGGGUACCAAGCAACUACAUCACUCCAGUGAACAGCCUGGAGAAGCACUCGUGGUACCACGGGCCGGUGUCCCGCAGUGCAGCAGAGUAUCUGCUCAGCAGCCUUAUCAAUGGCAGCUUCCUGGUCCGGGAAAGUGAGAGCAGCCCAGGGCAGUUGUCCAUCUCGCUCAGGUAUGAAGGACGUGUUUACCACUACAGGAUCAACACAACCUCGGAUGGCAAGGUCUAUGUGACAGCAGAAAGCCGUUUCAGCACCCUGGCAGAGCUGGUGCACCAUCACUCAACAGUGGCAGAUGGCCUGGUGACAACUCUGCAUUACCCAGCACCCAAGUGCAAUAAGCCCACCGUGUAUGGAGUGUCCCCCAUCCAUGACAAGUGGGAGAUGGAGCGUACCGACAUCACCAUGAAGCACAAGCUCGGGGGAGGGCAGUAUGGAGAAGUCUACGUGGGGGUCUGGAAGAAAUACAAUCUCACAGUGGCUGUGAAAACGUUAAAGGAAGAUACCAUGGAGGUGGAAGAGUUCUUGAAAGAAGCUGCUGUGAUGAAGGAGAUCAAGCAUCCAAAUCUAGUGCAGUUGUUAGGUGUGUGCACCCUGGAGCCCCCCUUUUACAUCGUGACAGAGUACAUGCCCUACGGGAACCUGCUGGACUACCUGCGCGAGUGUAACCGCGAGGAGGUCAGCGCUGUUGUGCUGCUCUACAUGGCCACCCAGAUCUCCUCUGCCAUGGAGUACCUGGAGAAGAAGAACUUCAUCCACAGGGACCUGGCAGCACGGAACUGCUUAGUUGGAGAAAACCACGUGGUGAAGGUGGCUGACUUUGGCUUAAGUCGACUCAUGACUGGUGAUACCUACACAGCCCAUGCUGGGGCCAAGUUCCCAAUCAAAUGGACAGCUCCUGAGAGCCUGGCCUACAACACCUUUUCAAUCAAAUCAGAUGUGUGGGCCUUUGGGGUGCUGUUAUGGGAAAUUGCUACCUAUGGGAUGUCACCAUAUCCAGGCAUUGACCUCUCUCAGGUGUAUGAUCUGCUGGAAAAGGGCUAUCGGAUGGAGCAACCAGAGGGGUGCCCUCCCAAGGUGUAUGAACUGAUGAGGGCAUGCUGGAAGUGGAACCCACCAGACCGACCUUCCUUUGCUGAGACCCACCAGGCUUUUGAAACCAUGUUCCAUGACUCGAGCAUCUCAGAGGAGGUAGCAGAGGAGCUUGGAAGAACAGCCUUGUCCUCAUCCAUCAUUCCUUACCUGCCCCGCUUACCCAUGCUUCCCUCCAAAACAAGAACACUGAAGAAACAGGCAGAGAACAAGGAGAACAUUGAAGGAACACAGGACACUGUGGAGCACUCAGCAUCCAGCUCAGCACCAGUGGCCUCCUCAGUACAGACAACAGACAAGUCACAUACAGAAAUGAAAGAAAGUAAAGAAAAAAUAAAAUGCAAGUGCUCGCUUCUUCCCUCAUUAUAUCUCUGCAGCACCUGGGCAGGUUUCUUCAGAAGCACACAGCCAACAGGCGGGUCCCCCGCGCUGCCCCGCAAGCAGAGGGACAAGUCCCCCAGCAGCCUCCUGGAGGAUGCCAAAGAGACCAUGUUCACCAGGGACAGGAAAGGGGGCUUCUUCAGCUCCUUCAUGAAGAAGAGGAAUGCUCCCACGCCUCCCAAGCGCAGCAGCUCCUUCCGGGAGAUGGAGAACCAGCCUCAUAAGAAAUAUGAGCUGACGGGUAACUUUUCCUCUGUUGCUUCCUUGCAGCACGUGGACGGGUUCUCCUUUGCUCCCGCACAGCAGGACACGAGCCUGACUCCCCCCAAGUGCUACGGAGGGGGCUUUGUACAGAGGACCUUCUACAGCGAGGAGGGCACUGGGCCCAGCAAUGCUGGGGCUGUGAGCACUGGUGGAGGGUGGUCGGGCAUCACUGGCUUCUUCACGCCACGCCUGAUUAAAAAGACGCUGGGUUUACGAGCAGGAAAACCCACUGGCAAUGAAGAAGCUUCAAAGCCUUUUCCAAGGUCAAACUCUACAUCUUCCAUGUCCUCAGGGCUUCCAGAACAGGAUAGGAUGGCAAUGACCCUUCCCAGAAAUUCCCAGAGGUCAAAAAUUCAGCUGGAACGGACUGUAUCCACCUCCUCCCAGCCCGAUGAGAGCACAGAGAGGGCCAGUGACCUGAUUCCCAAAAGGUUUGAAGAAGGCCCUGCUUUGACCAGAGAGAGACCAAAAGCAAAACUCUUGCCAAGGGGUGCCACAGCACUCCCUUUUCGAACUCCCUCCAUGUCAGAAGAAAAGGAGGGUCCAGGGCUAGUGGCAGCUCCUAAGGGCAAGGAAAAAAACAGUGGCCCACGACAAGGAGCCCUUGAGGAUGGCGAGAGGCCGGGGUGGUCAUCUCCAGUAAAGGCUGCAGCAAUACUUCCAACCACUCAUAACCACAAAGUGCCAGUCCUAAUCUCACCCACUCUAAAACACACUCCAGCAGACGUGCAGCUCAUUGGCACAGACUCUCAGGGUAAUAAAUUUAAGCUCUUAUCUGAGCAUCAGGUCACUUCUUCUGGCGACAGGGACCGGCCCAGACGGGUAAAACCAAAGUGUGCUCCACCUCCACCACCGGUGAUGCGGCUCCUCCAGCAGCCAGCUGCCUGCUCGGAUGCAGCAGAAGAGCUGAGCGGCGUGGCGGGAGCGCAGCACGGACUGGAAUCCAAUGAAGGGAGUAAGAAGGCAGCAGCAGCACCUGUUGGUGGAAAAUCUGGGAGGCCCGUGAUGCCUCCGCCCCAAGUGCCUCUGUCAUCGUCUUCCACCUCCCCAGUGAAAAUGGCCAAUGGCACGGCCGGCACCAAGGUAGCGCUGAGAAAGACCAAACAGGCGGCUGAGAAAAUCCCCGCAGACAAGAUCAGCAAGGAGGCACUGCUGGAGUGCGCGGGUCUCCUCUCAAGCGCCAUCGCCGAGCCCACGCCCAACAGCCAGCUGGUGGACACGGGGCACCAGCUGCUGGAUUACUGCUCAGGCUACGUGGACUGCAUCCCGCACACGCGCAACAAAUUUGCCUUCCGGGAAGCCGUGAGCAAACUGGAACUCAGCCUGCAGGAGCUGCAGGUGUCCUCGACAGCUGCUGGCAUCCAUGGGGCGAGCCCCGUCCUUAAUAACUUAUUGUCAUGUGUCCAAGAAAUCAGUGAUGUGGUGCAGAGGUAGCUACUGUCAAUCUGGGUAAGAGAAACACACACGGGGAGGGAGGGACUGUUUUUCUGUACUGAUGCUUUCAAAAGGAAAGACUGAUACUUGAGUAUGUGAAGUACCUCAGAUCACUGAGUUCUCCUCACGUUUACAGGUUCAUCUCAAAAAAUUGGGGAUGGAGAGGAUAGAUUAAAGCUGUAAGGGGCAGAAUAUCAAAGAUCUGUCCCCACCUAGUCAGGCUGAUCUGCUUGGUAUGGCAAGGGAAAGAAAGUUCCUUCUCCUCCCCUACAGAGGCAGGAGAACCCAUGGCAGGUUCUCCCUCUGGGCAGGAUGGUGGUGACAGCCAGAAUCCUGGGGUGGCUGCAGCUGUCUGGCAGAGCAGCCGGAGCAGCUUGGGAGGGGGGUCAUGUACAGCUGGGGAAAAGGUCUAAUGCACUGACAGUAUUCAGAGCUGCUGGAGGUGGAUGCACUGGUCUGGAUGGCUUAACUUCCACAGCACUGUUGCUGCUGUAAUGAGAACUGCAAGAUUAGUUAAUAUAUGAAACUGUCCCCUUUCCCUCCUGUCCACCUCAUCCACCAUGUUCUCAUUGUCAUUGUAUUGGAAGUGUCAGGGAUACUGGGCAUACUUACCACUGGAAUUCCCCCUUCCCACCACACAGCCUUCACUCAGCUGAUACCUAUUUCUAGUGGUCUAGCACAGGUGCUGCUUGAUGGUCAUUUUUGAGUAGUUUGGGGCUCUUGCAGAACCUGCCAGUGUUGUUGGUGGGGUGGGUGGGUUCUUCCUUUUUUUUAAGUUCUAGAUUGUUUUAAACUUGUUACCAGGUUGACUGCCCAGUUCAGUUUGAUCACUGUGAGGACCCAUGGUAGGUAAGGCAGAGCCUCUGCUCUGCCCCCCUGGCUGUUCUCCACAUUCCUUUAGCAGUCACAGCACUGCAGGGCCAGCUGGAGAACCAGAAAGUACAGCCCAGCCUGCCCACCAUAUGUCCUUACUGCUGCAGGAUUCCCUGGACCUGUCCCUAACCCUUCACACUACCAGAUUCCUGGGAUUUGUUCUGGUGUUUACCUGUCUCACAGGCUUCCAGCUUCUCUACAUCCCAAGGUGAUAAAGUAUGGCAGCACACAGGAAACACCAGAGGUAUCUCCAUUUAUUUAUUCCUGUAUUUUAAAGGCUAGACCAGAAUCCUGUGCUGUGGUGUAGGGAAUGUGCCCAUAACUUGUGCACUUCUGUGCCUGAGGUGUGGCAACAAAAAGCUGUGGCUCUGCCUUGAAGGGUUCCCACUGGGUCUCUAAUGCCUUCUAACAACCCCAGAAUGAGAGCAGCUGAGUGGUUUGCAUUGUCAUUCUUGGUUCUUGUGCUGUUUGCAGACUGUUGUGGCCUCAAAAAGCUGGUCUGUGUCUAUGCACAACUCCCCAAGGUGUAAAUGUAGGAAGAGCUCAGUUGCUGGUUUGUGAAAGGAAAGGAAACAGGCCUGAAACCUGGCUCCAAAUACAGCUUACCUGCAUGCUGCUGCUCACUUCACACUGCUGCUGAUAGAGGAUCUCACUUGCUUUGCACCUUAAGUCUUUUUUUUUUUUGGCUGAAAUGCUUUCUAAACUUGUUUUUCAAGUGUGGCUGUGCUGCCUUUAGUCUGAGCAUUUCGAGUGGAGCUGUGGCACAGGUGUGACUUUAGAAGGUGGGCACUUUGUUUCUGUCUAGAAGCACAUGUUGGUGCUUGGAAGCAGGCUGGGUGUCUCAGCAAGUGUCCCUGUUUUUUCCACAGAGCAUAGUGAGACAGGCCUGGAAAAAUCUUUAGAAAUGGGCUGAGAAUCCUCAUUUCAUUACUGGUCUGAGCUAAGCAAAGUUGUUUCAGGGUGUGUGGCGGCACAGCAGAGGAGCAGCACAUGAGGUACAAUGGACCAAUGAGCUUCUGUAGCCCAGUAAGUGAAGUGGUGAGGGGGAAAAAGAACCAAGCAACCCCUGGUGCUGGCAAGUCCUGAUCCCCUGCAGCCCUCAGGGCUGUCCCAAGGCUCUUCCACAGGCAGAGCACCAACCCCUAAUCUCCUAGACUUUACUGAGGGCUUUUGUGGUUUACCUUAUCUCUUUCAGUCAUCUUCAUGGAAGGUGUGCAUCCAAACUGACUGCCUUUGGAAAGGUGACCUGCAAAGGGAAGGUGGCUUGUGGCAUUGCUUCACAUGGCCUGUCAAACAAUCAGAAGGAUUUAGAAGGUGGGGGGGCUCUCUUUUCUUCAGGGCAGAAGGAUAGGUCUUGCUUACCCUGGCAGGCCAUCACAUGGUUCCAUGAUUGUACUGCUGCUCAGCCUGGGACAAAGGGGCUGGAACUGAAGGGAUUCCAGGGGAAAGGAAUCUUAACCAGAACAUUUUAAAGUUUUGCCCAAUUCUGAUGAGUAUUUUGAAAGAAACUUUUUUUUUUUCCCCUAAAUGCCAGUCUUCCAGAAAAGCUGCAGCAAAAGUGGUAGAAUAGCAACAUGGAAUUUCUAACUACUAGAACUACUAGAACUCCCCUCUUGCAGCCCUUUCUGAAGAAAGCACCUGUGUCCCAAUGAACACUGUGGGCCGUCCCCACUUCCUUUCAGGUGCCCCAUUUUCUCCUUGCCACCGCAGCAGGAGAUGGGCAGUGGGACAGGGCAGCAUCCAACUGCUUUUCCAGAGUCACAGAAUGGCUGAGGUUGGAGGGUACUUUGGAGGUCACCUGGUCCAAACACUCCUCCCAAGCAGGGCCACCAAGAGUCACCUGUGAGGACCAUGUCCAGGCAGCUUUUGGGCAUCUCCAAGCACAGAGACUCUACAACCCCUGUGCCCAAUACAGGAGCCCCUUUAGUGCUGACCCCUCCUGUGGUGCAAAAUCAAAGGCCGGUGGAAUUUGGGGAUUUGCCUGUUGUCAUGGGAAGGGUUUUCCCUGCCCUUACCUAUCAUCUAACAUCAGGUAGGCACAUUGUGGCAGAGGCAGUGCUGACUUGACAGGGUUUCUUUUCCCCCUAAAGUGGAGGCUGCAGAAUUGCUGGGACUUCUGCUGCCCUGGAGCAGAUUCCCAAACUGCAAUGUUCCCCUGCCCUCUGGCAGGAUAGCAAGAGGAAUCUGGGAAAGCUGGUUCUGCUGUAAAUUACCAUCCAGUUGUCCUUCCUUCCACUGCUGCUUCUGAAACUUUUACCAUUCCCUCUCCCUUUAGCUAGGUCUGCCUUUCUCUUCAGCCUUAAAGGUCUCCACUGUGGCCAGUUCUCUGUUUUCAGCCUGGCACCAGACGUGCAAAGGAAUGUGUGGGUGCUGACACCCCAUUAUUUGUCUCAGUGAAGAGCACUUCAUGCUCCAUGGUUUGGGGAGGGGACAAGGCAGAAGUCCUGUUAUUUCUUCCCCUCAGCACUGUCAGACAGAUGUGGGGGCACAGCUGGAGCUGGGCUCUCUCUCUUGCACUGCUGUGGGCCAGAAUUUAAAGCAGUUGUCUUUGCCAUGGGAAUGGCACCCACGGGCCUGGUACCGCCAAGCACAAAGCACAGAGUGAGCUCAGGGGGCCACAUUCUCUUCCUACCAUUGUGGGAAUUAGCUGACUCACAGGUGCAAUUCUCUCUUCUUCCUGCACUGUACACCCUUAACCCAAGUGGUGCACUUGAUUUAGUCAUGUUCUUCAUUAGUGUGGGCAGGGGUGAAGCUGAGCUAGGAGUCGGGGUCUUGGGACUGCAUCAGCUUCAGCAGUGGGAAAGGGGAAUUGAAGGGAGCAGCGUUGCUGAUGCAGAACAAGCAGGGAGGGAGAGAGGAAGGUUUUGCUUGUCCUCCUCAGGAUUUUCUCCUGGGUGCCACUGGCCCUGUGUCUGUGAACCAUGGCCAAACACGAAGGCUGACAUCUGUCAGUGUGUUUUUGCAGGAGUUGUGGGGCACAGGGAACCAAACCCCACAGUGGAGACAGGGCAGCCCCUCCCCACCAGGCAGAGGUGUGGGGUGGGUUACACUGCAGCCACAGAGCAGUCCCAACCCUCAUGUCCUACACUUACCUGAGGCAGGCUUUUCCUCCAGGGCAUCCACAGCACUGACAGGCACCAGUGACUCCACAGAAUGGUGGUUAGAAAGCCAUCAGGCUGCUGCCUUCUCUGUGACACAGCUCAGCCCUGCUGCUCACCAGGAGCUGGCAGGGAGACUUAAAGGUAACUGCAGCACAUGUGGAAACCUCCCAGGGCACUGUCCAGCACGGUGGUUGCUGGGGUGGUGCUGCACAUCCCUGGAGUGUGGAACAAAGCCCUCAGCCCAUUCUCUGGUAGCAGGCCACAGGAGGUUCUGGGACACUGACUCGUUUCUCACAGCUCCAGGCUAAGCAAUGUCUGUACCAAAGGAGGUCGUUCUUCCCCAUGUGUCUGUUGUGCACGGGAGGCGGAGCCUGCUUGGCUCACAUGGCACUGUUUGUGUUAGUAGUGAACUCGCUGAGGGCAGGAAUGGAUUGAAAUGAAUCACGUUAAUCACCAUCACUCUUAGCAGUGUUGUCAACUGUUUUUGUUUUUUAAUUGUUACUGUAAUAUAUUUUGGUUGUUUUUCUAAUUUAAUUCUCUCACUAUCGUCUGACUGUGAACUGCGAACAGUGUUAAACGUGAUGUAAAUAAGGCCCUUGGAAGGGCCUCUUUGCCUGUCGUUCCACAAAGUUUUGCCAAUUAGCAUUUUGUUUUAAAUAAAGGUUGCAAUAUUUUAUUGGCAAAAACCA